CAUUUGAAAGAAAGAAUGUUGUUUCUGCAACAAUAGUACAUACAGGAAACAUCUCAGUGGUUUAGAUGUUCUUUCUCAUUAUCCAGAAUGUUUAUAAAUCACCUAAAACUCUUGUAGCUCGUCAGAUUUUCAGUUUUUGUAAAAACUGCAUCUUAGUGUCAACCAGCCAAGCCCUCCUACAGAAAGCUGCCAUUCAGUCACAUGCUUCACUCCUGCUCACUCAUUAAGCUGUCUGUGGGUGUGUGUGUGUAAUUCCUAUCAACAUAUAUGUGAGUGUAUGUUUGUACAGUAUGGGAUGGUACAGUGUGUGGUUGUUUGUGUUCUUCCUGACAGUGCUGCUCUCUGUUCUGGCUGAUCAGAGCCCAGAAACGUCUCUACUCUUUCACCCUGAUUCCCACAUUUACACUCACACACCAGACUGAAACGAUCCUCCAAGCUUUUCUCAGCCGUUUCUGCUCCGGACUUGAUAGAAAGAUCAGACAGUGGCUCUUUGAGUCUCUGACACUGAUACCCAUUCAAUGAAGCAGGGCCUUGUAUUAACACAAAUUCUAUCACAAUAUUUAUUGAGAUUUUAGGUGAUAAACCAACUUAAAGUGGUGCUUUUUGACCUACAUAAAAGCAGAAACUUAUAUGCCAUCACCAAAGAAUACCUAACUACUCUGCAGUGUAGUUUAGUCUACAGUAUGGAUUUAAAGUUUUAUCACAAUAUAUUGUGUGACAAUAAAAACCAUUCAUUUAUUUAUUCUUUAUAGCUCCACAAACACUGUUCUUGAAAAACAUUCCUGUUUACAAUUUUCUUCUUUAAGACACCAUUUACAUGAAGAGGUCUGAUUUAUGUCACUAAACUGCACACAAUAGCUGCAUUUAAUCAUAUUUUAAAUGUAUUUACAUUUACUGACACUCAUUGAACAAACAGUAGAGAAAUGAGUAAAACUGAGACAACGAUAAAUCAAAAUUCUCAUCACGAUAAAUGAUAAACGAUACGAUAAAUUCCCAAUCAUAAAUAAGGACAUUCCUAAUUUCACCAUCUAGGAUCUUUAUUUCCUAGAUUGCAUCUCUGUCUUAAAUUUAGCAUCUUCCGAUGUCUUUAUUCGGCUUCCGAGAGAAUCCACAGGUCGAACCGAGGAAGUCGCUUUUUGCUCCCACACUUCAACAAACUGUGGGAAAAGCUCAUCAGUCCCAGUCAUCUGCCGCACACAGAGCCGCUCUGUCCGGAUCGCCGGCCGCUGCCAAGACGUAACUCAGAUCUGAGAAGCUCUUCUUCCGACUCUCUCGCUGGGUCCAGUUACGGUCACAACAAUCACACACAGAUACACUUUCCCACACACACCUACACACCACAAUGCCACUUUGUUCUCUCAGCCCUCCAAACUGCGGCUUCAGUAAAAAUUUAAAUCUGAAUACAACAGUCUAAAUUGACUUAAACAUGAAAAUGUCUCCAAAAUGAUGGACACUCUUGACUCUAAUAGACUGUAGAUUUUUCUGUCAAUUUGUCAAUUUCUGUUUAACUUUUUCUAUUACAAGAAAAUUAUGUCUGUAAUAAUUUUACCCAGAUUAAAAAUAAAAAUAAAAAGUUUCCAUCUGCAUCAGCCUCCUAUGCUGAAUGAACCAAAUUUGUAUAAUUUUUUUAAUCGGAGGUGGGGGCCGCACAAAAUCAGUCCGAUGGCCACAAGUGGCCCCAGGACCACACUUUGGACACCCCUACUUUACAGGAUGCCUGUCUACCUUUCAGUCUUGCAACUUUGGAUCAGAAAAAAAGUCCAGACUGAUUCCUGCAUUUGGAAAGAUUUUAAUAUCCCAAAGCACUGAUGAGUUUUAUUUUGAAAAUCCUUGGAGGAAGUGACUUUGUUGCUGUCUUUUUGACUUCUCCGUGAAGAAAGCAUCUUUAUGCAGAAGACUUCAGAGCUGCAGGAAAAGAAAAUGGGGAAACUUUUACAGCCAACAACCUGAAUCACUGUAAGCAAGGAUGUCUUGGCCGGCUCUCUACGCUCAGCUAGUCGGCACCAACCGGCACUCCACCUCCCUGGGGAAAGUGUGGCUCUCUGUGCUGUUUAUCUUCAGAGUCAUGGUUCUGGUUGUGGCCGCUGAGAGCGUCUGGGACGACGAGCAGUCCGAUUUCACCUGUAACACACUACAGCCUGGUUGUGAGAACGUCUGUUAUGAUCAGUUCUUCCCAGUGUCUCAUAUCCGCCUCUGGAGUCUCCAGCUGGUCUUUGUGUCCACACCAACCCUCUUGGUCUCCAUGUAUGUGGCCUACCGCAACCACUGCGAUAAGAGACGAAUCCUUCAGAGUUCUGGACGGGCGAGUGUACUCAACAAUAAGGGGCAAGAAGAAGAGCUGGAGACGCUAAAAAAGAGGAGACUCCCAAUAGCUGGCGCCCUCUGGUGGACAUACCUCUGCAGCCUGGUGUUUAGAAUGAUGUUUGAAGGUGGAUUCAUGUACGCCCUGUACGUUGUGUACGACGGUUUCCAGAUGCCACGCCUGGUGCAGUGCGAUCAGUGGCCAUGCCCCAACCUGGUGGACUGCUUCGUCUCACGGCCCACGGAGAAAACCGUCUUCACCGUUUUCAUGGCUACUGCCUCUUCUAUCUGCAUGGUUCUUAAUUUGGCUGAACUUGCAUAUCUAGUCGCCAAGGCUCUCAACAGCUAACAACUGACAUCUUGCUUUCAAUGAAACUUUGAGGGCAGAGGGUGACGAAAUCAGCAAUUGAAGAGACAGAUUUGGGUUUGAACAAACCAUCUGCUCCAGAAUGAAGGUGCAUCGCAUAGCAAAG